ACAACGGCAACCGCAUGCAAGGGACGCCCGUGACCGCCGGCGGGCCAGGACCACGACCGGGAUCAGGGCAAUUGGCAGGCCGGCGGUAGGUUCCACGCGGACAGGCGGCCAAGAGCCAAGGCAGGCCAGCGCCAGCGCCAGCGUGGCCGGGCUGCGUGGGCGCGCGUGGUGCGAACGCGCCUGUGCGACGGCUUCUAACCAUGUACCUACAGCUUUGCAGAUGCUGCUGCGGGUGGUGAGGGGGAAAUGAGGCUGGGCUGAAUUGAGCAGCUGAGUUGAGAUGGUGCGCUGCUGCUGCUGUGUUGCAUUUGCUCUGUUCUGCGGCUGCCGGCUUGGGCUGCUUGCUUUUUCCUGGCGGAUGGUGCGAUUCGCUGACUUGCUUUUUUCCUUUCGUUUCUUUUUGUGCUUCGGGUUCCUGUCUGGGUACGGACGAGGACCUGCUUUGCUACAUUAUCGUUCUGCCUCGCUCUUUUCCUCUGCGCUGACUCCUGGUUCUGCUUGCUGUCUUUACUCCCGCUCUCUGUCUCUGUCUCUCUCUCGCUCUCUGUCUAUCGUUCAUUCCCACACACGCCUCGUUCUCUUGCCCAUAAAGCUCGCCCACUCGUUGCUAGUGUUGCUGCAAAAUGAAGCUUUUCCAAGCCCUUCUCGCCCUCGCGGCCACUUCCCUCGCUGUCGCGCAGCAGUACACAUCUGCUGACAUCCCCGAAUGCGCCGUACGUGCUCACUCUCCCUUGCUGGCGAUGAGGCACAAGAGCCUUGCGUCCGGAAGCGUUGGCGCCGGGGCGAAUGCAUAGGGUCGAGUCGUGCUGACAUGCCGUUUCUUUCCUCAC